AUGGGGCCUGACGACGGAUGGACGGGCCGGGGACUGCCCAUCACCGAAGAGACAGGAUGCGUUUAUCUUGACUACAAUGCCACCACACCGAUAUACCCCGAGGUUGCAGAGGCCAUGUCUCCAUACCUGCAUCGCUACUUUGGGUGA